ACACCGCGGUGAUUCCGGUCUCUUGAGCAGUCCACCGUUUGGUGAAUAAAACCCGAAAGAACUGCGGAUGCUGUCAAAGCAAUCCAAGAUGCCAGCUGAGAGAAAACCAAUGCGGUAUGCUCACCCGGAUGGAUAUACAGGUGUUUGUUUUGAUGAAAGUGGAAGAUUUAUUGUAACCAGUGGCAGUGAUGGAGACGUUAGGAUAUGGGAAAGUCUGGAUGAUGAUGAUCCCAAAUCAAUCAACGUGGGUGAAAAAAUUUAUUCACUGGCUCUCCGGAAUGGAAUGCUUGUUACAACUGUUUCUAACAACAUUGUUCAAGUUCACUCCUUCCCUGAGGGUUUACCAGAUGGUAUUUUAACACGCUUCACCGCUGAAGUGAACCACGUUGUCUUCAAUACUUCUGCAACCAGUGUUGCUGCUGGUUCCAGUGACUUCAUGGUGAAGAUCAUUGAGACUAAGGACAACAGUCAGCAGAAGACAAUUCGAGGUCAUGAAGGUCCUAUUCUCAGUGUUGCUUUUGAUCCAAAGGAUUUAUUUUUGGCUUCCUCUAGUUGCGACGGAUCAGUUUGUGUCUGGAAAAUUGCUGAUCAAACACGCGUGGCAAGUUGGCCACUGUUAGCUAAAUUCAAUGAGGUGAACCGUGCAACGUCAAUAUGUCGACUUGAGUGGCAACCGAAGAUUGGAAAGUUUCUGGCUGUUCCAGUAGAAAAAGUUGUGAAACUCUUUGAAAGGGACACUUGGGAAAAUACUGACGAUCUUUCAGAUGAUUGUAUUAUGAUGACAUUAAAUGUUGUAUCAUGGUCUCCUUGUGGUAGUUAUGUGGCUGCUGGGAGCAUUGAUGGAUCAGUGGUGGUUUGGAAUGUACAGACCAGAAAAUGCGUUGAAAGGUUUCAGCAUGAGAAGUCUUAUCGCAUCUGUGCAAUAGCAUGGCACCCUUCGAAUGGAAUUAUAGCAUAUACAGAUGCAGAAGGAAAUCUGGGCCUUCAUGAAGGGGUUUUGGCAAAUGUUGGCAGCAAGGAAUUGGCUUCUCGUUCAAAUGCUGCCACAUUUGAUGAUUUGUUUGAUGAGGACAGUGACUUGUUAACAAAAGGCAUGAAUCUGUCACCUGCAUCACCUACGAGGCAACCAUUAGUGGAUGACAACGACGAUGAUGAUGGUGAAGAUGAUAAUGUGACGGCUAUAGUCAACCGUUCUAGACGUACUCGAGCUAUCGAGGAUGAUAACUCAAAUGAUAUUGGAUUUUCCACCCAGUUGGAAAAAAUGGAUAAUGACGACGAUGGUGACAAUGUCCAAACUACUAGUGCACAAACUGCACCAACAUUUGCAGGAUACUCUGGACCAGUGCCAACACCACAACAAAAGCCUUUUCAACCUUGUUCCACGCCAUCUUACCUCCUGCAUCGGUUCAUGGUGUGGAAUUCCACUGGUAUUAUUCGCUGCUACAGUGAGGAGCAAGAUAAUGCUAUUGAUGUAGAAUUCCAUGAUACUUCAGUACAUCAUGCAAUACACUUGAGUAAUGUUCUGAAUCACACCAUGGCUGAUUUGUCACAUGAAGCAGUGUUACUCGCAUGUGCAAAAACCGAUGAACUGCCCAGCACACUCCAGUGCAUUCACUUCAACUCCAGGGAUGCAAACAAAGAAUGGAUGGUCGAUAUGCCAAACAAUGAAAAUAUUGAAGCCAUUUGUUUAGGUCAGGGUUGGGCUGCUGUUUCGACGAAUGCUCGAAUUGUUCGCAUCUUCAGCAUUGGAGGUGUACAAAAGGAGCUCUUCACCCUCAUCGGGCCUGUGGUCGCUAUGUCAGGUCAUGGGGACCAGCUAUUGAUUUCUUAUCAUCAAGGUACUGGUUUUGAUGGCGAUCAAUGCCUGGGGGUACAAUUAUUGGAAUUAGGAAGAAGAAAACAGAUUUUGCAAGGAACGCCCCUUCCUCUUACAAGGAAGUCUUAUCUGAUGUGGCAGGGCUUCUCUGCUGAAGGUACCCCAGUAUUUGCAGAUUCGGAAGGGAUAGUACAAAUGCUAAACAGAUCUCUAGGGAACACCUGGAUUCCUAUUUCCAACACCAGGGAUCAUUGCAAGGGCAAAUCUGACUAUUAUUGGGUUGUUGGUAUCCAUGAAAACCCUCAGCAACUCCGAUGUAUUCCAUGUAAAGGAUCUCGAUUUCCACCUACACUUCCACGCCCCACUGUAACAGUUCUACCAUUGAAGCUCCCUUAUUGUCAAAUUAGUUCAGAAAAAGGACAAAUGGAGGAACAAUACUGGCGAUCAGUGCUAUUUCAUAAUCACUUUGACUAUCUAGCAGAAAAUGGUUAUGAAUUUGACGAAACUACGAAACACCAGGCACUAAAGGAACAGCAGGAACUACUAAUGAAGAUGUUUGCUCUAUGGAAGAACUGUAAACAAACGGAGUUCACCACAUAUGCAACUUCCAGCUCAAAACUGUAUUGAAAAAGAAGAAGAAUAUGAGGAAGAUGUUCAGAAUAAUGCAGUAGAAGAUGGUAACAAUGAGUUGGAUCCUGAGAAAACAAUCCAUGAAAAGAAAAGGUUAAACCCAUUUGGUAAAAAUCUUGGUUCUGUGGAUCAAAUAACGCCAAAAUCAG